CUUACCGCUGCGGUCUCGUUUGCUGCGUUCCUUUCGACUAGAGGCGCCGUGCACCAGAUUACUGUUGGAGGCCCAGGCAUUCUUCAAUUCAAUCCGUCGUCCCUGACAGCGGAUCCUGGUGAUCUCGUAAAUUUUGUUUUCCAGCAGAAGAAUCACACGGCGACACAAUCUACCUUCGCGAAUCCUUGCCAGCCAGCUGACGGUGGUUUUGACACUGGGUUUGUUCCCGUGGCCGAUAAUGAAACCCAAUUUCCCGCAGCGCAGUUCAUUGUGGCAGACACCAAUCCCGUUUGGGUCUAUUGCCGUCAAGCAAACCAUUGUCAACAGGGCAUGGUUUUUGCCAUCAACCCCGCAGACAAGUUCUCUGCUUUCCAAGCCGCUGCAAUGGGAAAUUCCUCAUCUCAGUCGUCUUCUAUUGCUCCCUCGUCUACUGCUGCCACAUCCUCGGCCACAGCCACGAGUUCUUCCGCGACCGCCGCUUCCUCUUCUACGGGACAGGGCACUGAUCACAAGGUUAUUGUCGGAGGCCCUGGCACGCUGACAUUCCAGCCGUCGAACAUCACGGCGCAGCCUGGCGACACCGUUACGUUCGAGUUUCAUCAGAAGAACCACACGGCUACCCAAUCUAGUUUUGCUGCCCCCUGCCGGAAGCUGUCAGACACAUCAACUAGCGGCCAAGUCGGUUUCAACUCUGGAUACAUGCCUGUCGCGGAUGACGCAACCUCUUUUCCCACUUGGACUAUCCGAGUCAAUGAUACCGCUCCCAUAUGGACGUACUGCGCACAGGCCAAUCAUUGCGGCUCGGGCAUGGUCUUCUCUGUUAAUGCGGUGGAGUCCGGCCCCAAUACGUUCAAUGCCUUCCAGGCGCGCGCCAUGCAAAUUAACGGAUCAAGUUCAAAUAACUCAUCU